AUCGCCCGCAGGACCACCGCAAAGCCUAUCAAAGCAUUCGCCCCCGCCUUCAAGGACGAUCUCAAGGACCCCAAGGUCGUUGACUUCGCCAUUACCCACAUACCCUCCUCCGCAUUCAAGGGGAAUAUCCGAGCCCUCCUCCGCGACGAACCUGACGACGACGACGAACAGCGGACGAUCAAUCAGACCUCCUACCUCCGCUACCAGCCAGCUUUCCUCUCCAUCGAGACCAAAAAGGGCUACAACGACGAGCCGGAUGCGAACUUCAAGCUUGCGAUGUGGACAACGGCAUGGCAGGUGGGGAUCUCUCGGUUCACAAGACCAGGAACAGUAUGCACGCCAUUGCCAGGCAUCAUCGUAUAUGGACAUGUGUGGGAGCUGCAGUGGGCGGUGGAUACUGAAGACAUGGUGUACUUCAUCAAGCAUCCGGAGCCUAUUGGCAAUACUGCGACGAUCGCUGGGUGUUAUCGAUUGCUGGCGGCGAUACGGUACCUGGUUUCGGUGUGGUCGGAGGAGGUCUUCCUGCCCUGGUUCAUGGAGAAGGUGAUUGGGGAAGAAGAGUAG